CGUCAAGCCGCCUGCAGAUAUCGCGAGAUAUUGGUUGAUAAUCUACCUCUUGGAAAGGGCUUGUAAACCAUUUGCUUGGAAAUCAUGAGAGUGAGUACGUCGUGUCGUGUCUGCUACAAAACCGACCGCGACGGCUGGCAUCCAUUGAACUGAAUAUUCCCAAUCAUCCAACUACUUCCACUUCAAUCUGUACCAGCAUCAAGAAUCUACACCGAGUCCGUCUAGUAAAGCAAACAUGUCCACCACCGCUACCAUCACCGCAACCGAGACCGAGUGGGUUCCGUCGGGCGACGUCGUCGCCAACCUCAACUUCUAUACCCCGCCGGCCGACGGCAGUCGCCCCUACAACAUCAUCGGUAGCGAGUCAAUCACGAAGAACUACGGCAGCGAGCCCCUUCCAGUCACGAUUCACGAUCUUCGUGGCAAUGAAUCCUCGCUCUCGCUCGACAAGGAAGCCUUCAGUUUCCACACCAUCCCUACAUCCCUCAAGUACAACGAUUUUGCAGACGACCAGAAGAUCGAGACCGUUUACUACUCCGAAAUCAAGGACAUCGUUCGCAAGCACGUUUCCGACGUUAAGGAGAUCUUCAUAUUCGAUCAUACCGUCCGGCGGAACACCCUCAACGCUCUUAGGGGACCAGUGCAGGUGACCCAUAUCGACCAGACAACCAAGUCCGGCGAUGCUCGGCUCCGGCACCAUUUCCCCGAUCGCGCAGAUGAACUGAUCAGGAAUGGUACUCGGUAUCAGAUCAUAAAUGUCUGGCGGCCGAUCAACGGCGUUGUCGUCAGCCACCCACUGGCCUUCGCGGAUUCUUCGACGGUGGCGGAUGACGACUUGGUGGCAGUGGCGCAUAAGUACCCGCAUUACGAGGGAGAGACGGCAGGAGUGACGCACAAAGAGGCGCAGAAGUGGUGGUAUGUCAGCGGGCAGAAGGACGACGAGGUCACCUUGAUCAAGUGCUUUGAUUCGCAUGUUGGGAAAGACGGUUCGCGGAGGAGGGUUCCGCAUUCUGCGUUUGAGCACCCCAUUGUCGAAGUUUCGGCUUGUGGUGUGUUUGAGUUUGAGUUCUGUUGA